AUGAAUCCUCCUGAUCCCGGGUUUCUGACAAAGCCAAAACCACGGGCCAAGCCUCAAGUAAACACCAGAGCAAAUCAUCUCCAGAAGGGCCCAAUGACAGUGAUGGUACUGAGUACAACAGAUCCAUUCGAAUAUGAGUCCUCAGAAAAGGAGAAAAAAACAAGGUUUCAUGCUACAGUGGCUACAGAGAGAAACUUCUUUCAUAUGAAGGUUUUAAAUAUCAACCUAAAGAAAAACAUCACCAGAAAUAGAAUCAUUACUAUAUCAGAUUAUUUGGAAUAUGACCAUCUCCUAGAGGUAAAUGAAGCCUCUUCUGUAUCUGAAGCUGGUCCUGACCAAAAGAUUGAGGUUCCAAAAAACAUCAUAAACAGAGCAAAGGAAACCCUGAAGAUUGAUGUUCUUCAAACACAAGCUUCGGGAACUGUUGUAUAUGGAUUAUUCGUGCUAGGUAAGAAAACAGUGAAUAAGAACAACACAGUCUAUGAAACUGAUGAUGAUACAGGAAACAGAGUAGUAGGGAAAGGAAAAUGUCACAAAAUCCCCUGUGAGGAAGGAGAUAAACUUGAACUCAUCUGCUUUCGACUGAGAAAAAAGAAUCGGAUGUCAAAACUGAUUUCUGAAAUACAUAGUUUCAUUCAGGUAAAGCUCAAAGCAAAGCAGAGGAAAUCUGACUCCAAGACCGUGAAUCUACCCAAGCAGCAGAGUGUGGUUCCCAACCCUUCAGUGACCAGCACAAUCCCAGUUCUCACUCAGAGGCAUUCCAGACUCCUCAGAUGCAGAAUGCAGAGUGGGAUUCCCAGCCAUUCAGUGGCCAGCACAACUCCAGUUCUCACUCAGAGGCAUCCCGUGACUCCUCAGAAGCAGAGUGGGAUUCCCAGCCAUUCAGUGGCCCGCACAACCCCAGCUCUCACUCAGAGGCAUGUUAUGACUCUUCAGAUGCCUCCAACAACCACAUCCAGCAGUUCCUUAAUGAAGGUGUGCAUUUAUGAAAUGAUGUAUCUGGUUGACCAGGUGUUGACCUCACGAAGACUGAAAAUGCAAGAAGGAAGCACCAGAGGUCAGCUUGCCACCUUUUUCUCAAGGCUGUCCCUAGAUGAUGCUGAAUCGAACCAACUUAUAGAAUUCUGUCAGAAUUCACGAAGACUUCAACCCCUUGCAGAGAUUCUACAAAGAGACAGACAACAGUCUCAAGAAAACGCCACAGCAAACUCGAUGACAGUGAUGGUACUGAGUGUAUCGGAGCCAUUUAAAUAUAAGAUAUAUAAGUCCCCAAAAAGGACUCCCAAAGAAGUGUUUCAUGCUACAGUGGCUACAGAGAAAAAGUUCUUUCAUGUGAAAGUUUUGAACAUCACCUUGAGAAGCAAGUUCACCAGAAACAAAAUCAUUACUAUAUCAGAUUAUGUGCAAGAUAAAGGUCUCCUAGAAGUAAAUGAAAACUCUAGUGUAAAUGAUGCUGGUUCUGACCAAAUGAUUGUGGUUCCAGACAUCAUCAAAAAUAUAGCAGUGGAGCCCUUGAGGAUUUAUAUUAUUGAAAUGCUAACUUCUGGAACAAUUAUAAAUGGAUCAUAUACACUACAUAGGAAAUCACUAGAAGAACAGACAACAAUCUAUGAAGUUGAAGAUGACACGGGAAGCAUCAUUGAAGUGGUGGGGGAAGGACAAUGUCAUGAUUUCCCCUGCGAAGAAGGAGAUACACUUCAAUUCUUCUUCUUUCAAGUGCAAAACAAAAAAAAAGACAGAACCAAACUGAAGAGUAGCACGCAUAGUUUCAUCCAGCACAUCUAGGACAAGAAAAGAAGGAAAGGG